AUGAGAGGAAAAGCAGGGGGAGGAGGAGGGAGAGAUGCAGAACAUGAAGGAGAAAGGAGAAAUAGAAGAGGAGGAAGAAGAAGAACGAGGGUGGUCAAGGAAAAAAAGAAGAAAAAGGAGAGAGAAAAAGCGAUGGGAAAAAGAGAUGAGAAAGAGAAAGAUGAGGAGAAGAUUGAAGGAGGAACAGUGGCAAGAGGAAAAGUAGAUGAAAAAGGAGGAGAGAAGAGAAGUCACUCGAAAGAUCAAGACCAGUCAAUUUGCCCAGAGGUGAUGCCUCUUGAUUGGGAGGAGGCGAAGAAAAUAAGGAUAAAAAGGAGGAUAAGACUAAAGAAAAAGGGGGAGAAGGAGGAGAAAAAGAAGAGAAAUGAGGAGGUGGAGGAGAAAGAAGAGGAAAACUAA